UUUUCUGUUGAGAUCUCUAUGCAAAAUCCUUUUGAAAAUGAAUACAUUUCGAUUUAAACAAUACAGAGAAGUCAAAAUGGACACAAUCUUCUUGUGGAGUCUCCUAUUGCUGUUUUUUGGAAGUCAAGCCUCAAGACCCUCAGCUAAAAAAAAUACCGAAUUUGCAAUGGAUCUUUAUCAAGAGGUUUCCUUGUCUUGUAAGAACAACAUUAUAUUUUCGCCCCUUGGAAUAACUUUGAUUCUUGAAAUGGUACAACUGGGAGCCAAAGGAAAAGCACAGCAGCAGAUAAGACAGACUUUAAAACAACAGGAAACCUCAGCUGGGGAAGAAUUUUUCGAACUGAAGUCAUUUUUCUCUGCCAUCUCAGAGAAAAAACAAGAAUUUACAUUUAAUCUUGCCAAUGCCCUCUACCUUCAAGAAGGAUUCACUGUGAAAGAACAGUAUCUCCAUGGCAACAAGGAAUUUUUUCAGAGUGCUAUAAAACUGGUGGAUUUUCAAGAUGCAAAGGCUUGUGCAGAGAUGAUAAGUACCUGGGUAGAAAGCAAAACAGAUGGAAAAAUUAAAGACAUGUUUUCAGGGGAAGAAUUUGGCCCUCUGACUCGGCUUGUCCUGGUGAAUGCUAUUUAUUUCAAAGGAGAUUGGAAACAGAAAUUCAGAAAACAGGACACACAGCUGAUAAAUUUUACUAAGAAAAAUGCUUCAACUGUCAGAAUUCCAAUGAUGAAGGCUCUUCUGAGAACAAAAUAUGGUUAUUUUUCUGAAUCUUCCAUGAACUACCAAGUUUUAGAAUUGCCUUAUAAAGGUGAUGAAUUUAGUUUAAUUAUCAUACUUCCUGCAGAAGGUAUGAAUAUAGAAGAAGUAGAAAAACUAAUUACUGCUCAACAAAUUCUAAAAUGGCUUUCUGAGAUGCAAGAAGAAGAAGUGGAAAUAAGCCUCCCUAGAUUUAAAGUAGAACAAAAAGUAGACCUCAAAGAUGUUUUGUAUUCUUUGAACAUAACUGAGAUAUUUAGUGGUGGCUGCGACCUUUCUGGAAUAACAGAUUCAUCUGAAGUAUAUGUUUCUCAAGUCAUGCAAAAAGUUUUCUUUGAGAUAAAUGAAGAUGGCAGUGAAGCUGCAACAUCAACUGGUAUACACAUCCCUGUAAUCAUGAGUCUGGCUCGAAACCAAUUUAUAGCAAAUCAUCCAUUUCUGUUUAUUAUGAAGCAUAACCCAACAGAAUCCAUUUUGUUUAUGGGAAGAGUGACGAAUCCCGACACCCAAGAGAUGAAAGGAAGAGAUUUAGAUUCACUGUGAAUGAAAAGCAUAGGCUUAGAAUAAACGAUGACUUCUCGAAAAUAGUUGAUUGGCAAAAAUAUCACCUUGACAAUAUUUUCUCUACAUCUUAUUUCUUUUCUGUUUUAAACUGUGCCUGUAAUAAUAGAGAUCUGUCUUGAUGAAUAAGUAAAAUUAGGUAUGCAUUUGUUUC